UUUAUGAAAAAGUCUAUAUUGAAGGAUAAUUUGAAAUUUAUUUCAAAAAUAGAUUCUUUUUUAACACUUUACUACUUCCCGUUAACUUGUAUUUUUGCGAGAUGUACACAUACAUAGCAACAAUAUGGCGGACGGUAAACUAGUAGUACUACUUUCGCAAAUUCUGUGUCAUUGGGCGCCGAUUUAAUUCCCAUCAUAUCGAAUCUUUUGCUGAUAAAUUCAUUGCAUUGUGUAUCUUUAGCUCUAAAACACUGAAAAAGUUGUAGUCUGCAGAGCUAUUAUCUUUAUUUCACACGAUAAAAGGGUUCUUUUUUGAACUCUUUCAUACUGCGCAUCUAUUUAGCAGGUAAUGUUACUGUGUUGAGGUUAAGGUUUGCUGAAGUUAAAAUGUACUUUUUGCAUUUGAUGCAUAUAUCCGAUAACUUGAACUGUCAGUAAUGUUGCGUACAUAAAAUACAAAAUGGAUGACCCAAGAAUCGAAUGGAUUAGGGACCGUGUGUAUUUAGCAUUGGACAUCAAGGAAAAUGACGUAUUUGAUGACCUCCUCAACAGAGAUGAUGGACUUUACGAACGAGAAAUCGCUAAGUUUCUGAACGAAACACCGGAGGAAAAUGCAACAGCUUUGUUAUUUUACAAGAUAGUUACGGAGGAAGAAGAAGAAGUUGAAGUGGAAUGUGAGCCUGAGAUUCCUGAUAUACAGGCAGAGGAUGAGAUUGAACCUGACGGUGCUGAUGGAGAGCAACAGGAUGACGUUCCAGUGGCAAAUACCCCUAGUGUUGCUGCAACAGAAGACCAAGAGGGAGAUGGUGGGAGGAAGAAAAAAGGCAAAAAGAAAGGGAAGAGAGGAAAAGAUACUCCAUCAGAAGAGAAGAAAGAAGCCACUCCAGUCCCACCUAGGGAGCCCACACCACCACCACCUGAGCCUGAACAAACUGGAGAGGGAGGAGAAGAGGCACAAGAUGAUGAUGAGCCCAAGCAACCACUUACAAAAAUCAUCAUUCAGAAGGUAUGGAGGACAUACCUGUACAUGUGCUAUGGGCAUCUCCCCGAGGAGGUUGCUGACAAAGACUGCGUGUACUUCCUGCGUAAUACCACAGGGAUGGUGCCUUUGCCAAACAGCAUUGAUGAGGCAGUGGAAACACUACCAGCACUGUUUGAGACUGGAAUCCUAAAUGGUCACUCCUUGGUCAUGCUGGAACAAGUGAUCACGAACGUCUACAUGCCCUUCCUAUCUUUUCAUCAAAACAAAAAUGGAGAUGGCAAUCAGAGCAAGUCUCCUCCAGCAGAGGCAAGCAGGCCUCCCACUAGAGAAAACACAAAUAUGACACAGGUCUCAGCUGCCUCAACAGAAGAAGAGAUAAAUGUCCAGGAAUCCAAAGCCAAGGCUCUGCUCAGAGAUGAAUUUCUGAUCAAUAUGCAAAAGUUUGCCAACAGUAUCACUCGCACAAUACAGCAGAUUGAAGGAGAAGUGCGACUAGAGAUUCCUGAUAUAGAGCUCCCAGAAGACAUCCAUGUUGCAGCAAAGGACAAAGACCUUUGUGCACAACUUGAACAGGUAGUAAUUGAUUGGGACAAGCAAGUCCAGAUGGCAGUAGAUGUUGUAGUAAAGAAAAUGCCACAGGGGAAUGGACCCCUUGCCGAGAUUGAAUUUUGGCGUGAGCGUAAUGCUGCUUUGAGUGCCUUGAUUGAACAACUCAAAUUGCCUUAUGUACAGAAAGUUCUCAGUAUUAUGGGACUUGUAGAAGAUGCUGUAGAAAUCCAUCGUGGGGAUCUUAAUAAACUUUACACGGAAGCCAAAGACAAUGUGAGAUUCCUCUCCACACUGGAAAGGCAUUUUAAGAAUAUAACCCAUGGUGCUACAUUCCAUGUUGUAAUUGAAACCAUUCCAUCCAUGAUGAAUGCACUGCGUAUGGUGUGGAUUAUCUCACGGCAUUAUAACAGAGAUGAAAGAAUGGUUCCCCUGAUGGAGAGAAUAGCCUGGGAGCUAGCAGAAAGAGUCGCAAGAGUUAUCAACUGCAGGACUCUCUAUAAAGAUGGACCAGUUGAGGUGAAAAGAAAGACUUCAGAAGCAAAGAGAAUGCUUGACCUGUGGAAAGAAUCUUAUCUGGAUGUAAGAGCCAAGAUAGAGGCAUCAGGUCGUGAUGCUCGCUGGGAGUUUGACAGAAAGAGACUAUUUGAGAGGACAGAUUAUAUGUCCCGAAUUUGCCAGGAUCUUCAUGAUGUAGCACAGGUUCUUGAAGAGUUCUACAACAUCUUUGGUCCAGAAUUGAAAGCAGUUACUGGGGACCCUAAGAGGAUAGAUGAUGUGCUGAAAAGAGUUGAUGAUUUGGUGAAACCAAUUGAAGAUGUGUCCUUCGAUCCAUUCUCUUUCCGAGAGCAAGAUGGCUGGCAGAAGGUGAUGAAGUGGUUUCACAGGGAGGUCCAGUCUAUUGAGGAGGAGGCACUCUCUUUUAUUGAUGAGUCCUUCAAAACUCUGAGGUCUGCCGAGGGAGCAUUUGAUCUUCUCCUCAAGUUUAAAAACAUCCGCUCCAGAGAAGCUAUCAACAAUCAGCUUAUGCAAAAGUUCAAUGAUAUUUUGAUGCAGUAUGGAAGAGAGGUUGACAUCAUGGAUUCACUGUUCAGAGACAACAAGGAUUCUCCACCUCUCCAUAAAAACCAACCUCCUGUAGCAGGGUCCAUCUUCUGGGAGAGAGCAUUAUUCAUCAGGAUCAAACAAACCAUCAUCCGCUUCCUUACCAUGGAUGAAAUGAUGCAGAGUGACAUAGGAAAAGCUGCAAGAGCUAAAUACCUUAGCGUUGCAAAACAGAUGAAGGCUUAUGAGGACAAGAAAUAUGAAGAAUGGAGAGAAAAUGUCGAGCAAGUCCUGCCUGGUUUACUGAAGAGGAAUCUAUUAGCAAAACCCUCCCAGCAGCAACUGGUUCCCAGGUCCAGUGAGGGUGAAAGAACAAAAGACACAGCCGAGAUACGCUCAGCAACUCCUAAACAGGAAGAACAAGGUACUCAGUACGAAGUGAAGUAUAUUGUGGAUUAUGACCCACAGCUAGCAGAGAUAGUCUCAGAAACCAAGUACAUGGAGCAACUGGGUUUUGCUGUGCCAGAACUAGCCAGAAAUGUUGCACUGCAGGAGGAAAAAUACAUCAAGUAUGUGGAUGGACUGAAUCACAUGCUUACCAGAUAUCACCAGUUGUUGGGAUCUCUUGAUCAGGCUGAGACUAUCUUGCUGGAGCAUCAUAUGAAAGAACUGAGGCGAGUUAUUCGUCCAGGAUCCAAGAGACUCAACUGGAACUCUCUGGGAAUCUUUGACUUUGUUGCUAAGUGCAAUGGUGCUAUUAGCAAGUUUGAGUCAUUGGUGAACCAGAUUCAGAAGAAUGCGGCAGACAUCAACCAGAGACUCAAAAUGGUUGAAGAGACCAACCUUUUCAAAUGUCCUCCCCCAAAAUUCGAGGAUGUGCUGCCUAGCUGCAAGGAAUUUUUUGAGUAUAUUGAAAGAGAACGUGCCAAAGAUUUUGAAGUCCUAGCAAGAAAGUAUAGAGCUAUAGGUCCUUUGUUGACCAAGAUGGAAGGCUUGGUUGUUCAUACAAAUACAGGGAGAUCGCCUAAGCUACGACAGUAUUAUUCCUACUGGGAGAGGAGAGUGUAUGACUCACUAAACAAGCUGAUCAUCAAUAACCUGAAGGCCUUCAACAUGGCGGUGGUGAACCCAGUGGCACUGUUCCAGGUGCAGACCCUGCUGGCAGCACCAGAUGUUGUCUUACACCCAGCUACCAAUGAGAUCUACAAACUUACUCUGCAGAGUGUCCGUGAUUGUGCUGAGGGGACCAAGAAUUUUGUGCGCUGGAUGGAUGGUACAUGCAUAGAAGCUCCGCCUCAGAAAAUCCCAGGAGAAGAUGAGCCAUAUGUCUUCACCUUCUUCUCUGAUAUCUCCACCAACCCAGAAAUCAUAGAAUUAGUGGGAGUGAUCCAGGUGGAAGGGAUAUAA